AUGAAAAUUGUCGAAUUUAGGCUUGCUAUGCCUUUAACCAUAGAAGAAUAUAAAGUAUGUCAAUUAUAUUUUGUAGCUAAAGCUUCAUUAGAAGAUGCAGAAAAUAAUAUAAAUAGUAGUUGUGAAAAAGGUGAUGAGAAUAAUGAUUCAAAAAAAGGAAUAGUAAUAUUGAAAAAUGAAAGUUAUAUAAAUGAGGAUGGUACAUGUGGUCAGUAUACAUAUAAGAGAAUAAAUUUAAUAAAUAAGUUACCAAAGUGGCUAUUAAAUUUUAUAGAUCCUAAAUAUUGUAUUAUAGAUGAAAAGUCAUGGAAUUCAUAUCCAUAUUUAAAAACUGUAUAUGAGUCUAGUGGUUUUCCAAAAGCCAAGAUUCAAGUUGAAUCUGCACAUUUUAAUGGUUAUGACACUGAAGACAAUGCUUUGAAUUUAUCAGAAGAAGCUCUCUCUUUAAGAAAAGUAAUAUAUGUAGAUAUAGUAAAUGAUAAAAUAUCUUAUAAAGAUUAUAAUGAAAAUGAAGAUCCUUCGUUAUUUUAUAGUGAUAAAGCUAAAAGAGGAAAACUUGAAAAAAACUGGAAAGAAAAUCAUUCUAUUAUUAUGACAUGUUAUAAGGUAUUUACUAUUAAUAUACCUUAUUUUGGUAUAUUCUGUUCAAAAUUAGAAAACUGGAUUAUAUCUGCGCUUAGAGAUAAUAUCUUAAAAUAUCAUAGGAAAGCAUUCUGUUGGAUUGAUGAAUGGAUAGAUUUGUCAAUUGAAGAUAUAAGAAAUUUAGAAAGAGAUGUUCAAAAGAAGUUGAAUAAAUUUUGGAACGACUCACAAGACGAAAAUGUUGCACAUGAUAUUUUGGAUGAAGAAAAUAAGAAUAAAAACGAAAAUGUAAAAGAUCAAUAUGUUAUACAUCAUAACAAUAAUGAAGAAAAUAAUGAUAAACUAAGUAAUGAUAUAAUAGAUUCGUUAACUUUUAAAAAUAACCAAAAAGAUGAUACACAAAGAAAUAUGUCUAAUGGUAAUAAUAUGAUAAAUAAUGAUAAAAUAUGUAAUAAUAAUAAUAAUAAUAAUAAUAUUUAUUAUAAUGGAAACAUUCAUAAUAACGAAUGUACUAAUAAACAAAAUUUAUCUGAAUGUAAUGAUCAAGGAAAAAAAGAAAUAUCAAAAGACCUGCCCAAUGGAACCUAUAUUACAUCAUCACUAAAUAUGGAUAAUGAUAAUUUAGAUUUUAUAUGUACCAAAUAUAAUGAAGCUUAUGAUGAUAAUGAUAAAGAAAAUAAUAAAGACAUGAAAAAAAAAAAUAUAAAUAUAAAUAUUAAUGACGUACAAAGAGAAAAGCAAACCACUCAAAAUGAAGAUACACUAAAUAAUAAAAUGAUUAAUGUAUAUGGUGAUAAUAAUAUCCAUAAUAUUAAUAAUAUUUCUAGAAAUAAAAGUGUUAUUACUAAAAGUACAUCUCUAUUAUUCCCUAACGAUUUAACCAUAAAAAAUAACCUCAAUGAAAAUCAUAAUAAUGUUAUAGAUAAUAUAAAAAAGAAGAAAAAAAAAAAAAAAAAAAAAAAAAAAAAAAAAGAAAAGAAAAUAGAAUCGGAAAAUUACUUUUUCUUUAAGAAAAAUGAAGAAAACAAAGAAUUUGGUGAAUAUUUAUACAGACUAAAUGAAGGGAUGUUUUAUUCAUGGAAGCUUCGAUAUUUUGUUAUAAAAAAUAACAAAUUGUGUUAUUAUGUUAAUAAUAGUAAAAAUGAGCUAAAAGGAGAAAUCGAUCUCCUAAAUGCGCAGAUACAAUGGAUAGGUGAAUAUAAAGGAAGAAAUAGUGUUUUUGUAAUAAACUCCUUAUCAAAGAAUGUUAAUUAUUUAAGUUCAGAGAAUGAAAUACAAACAAAGAAAUGUAUGAUAGAUAUACAAAUGGCUACUUUAAUGAAUAGUGAAAGUAUAAAAAAGAGAGAGAUUAAACAGGAAAAUGGGAAAAUUGUGAGUAAGGGGGUACAAAAUGGAGAUAACAAAGAAGAUGAUGAUGAUUAUGAAGAUACUGAGGAUGAUGAUAAUGAUGAUGAUAAUGAGGAUGAUAAUGAUGAUGAUAAUGAUGAUGAUAAUGAGGAUGAUAAUGAUGAUAAUGAUGAUAAUAAUGAUGAUAAUAAUGACGAUAAUGAUGAUGAUAAUGAUGACGAUAAUGAUGAUGAUAAUGAUGAUGAUAAUGAUGACUAUAAUGAUGAUAAUAAUUAUGAUGAUAAUGAUGACUAUAAUGAUGAUAAUAAUGAUGAUAAUAAUGAUGAUAAUAAUGAUGAUGACUAUGAUGUGGAUAACAACCAUUACAACAACAAUGAUGAUAACCAUAUUAAUUAUAAUAAUAAAGACACACCGAAUUAUCAUACACAGAAAAACAAAAGAAUAGUUGAUAACAAAAAAUUACAAGAUAUGUCAAGAAAUAAAAAUGAUAGAACUAUAAAUAAUUAUAACUUACUAUAUUCAAAAGAAUCAAAUAAAGAGAUCCAUAUAAAUAAUCAUAAUUAUAAUAAUUAUAUAUGUAUAAAUGAUAAGGACGAAAUUGUUCAUAGUAAAUUAAUUCUUAGCGAUAAUGAUUUAUCACAAUAUCAUAAUGAAGAGAAUAAAACAAUUUCAAAUAACUCACAUUAUAUAUCCACAUUACAAAAUAAUACUGAUCCAUUUAAUGGUAUUUUCGUUACGAAUUAUGAUCAUAUAUUUAACAAGAAGAUGGAAAAAGAAACUUGUUCUUCAAAUAAAAAAAUGAAUAAAUUAAAAAAAAGAAAAAAGAAAAAAGGACUAAAAAUGAAAACACAAGAAGAUAAGAACAAAUUUGUUGAAAGCGCGUUGAAUAAUUAUUGGGAUAAUAAAAUGGACAAAAAUUUUAAUAAAAAAAAUUACAUUAAAUCUGAAAAUUUUAAUAACAAAUAUGAAGGUUAUUCAGUGAAUAAUAAAAAGAAUUAUGAUAUGUCUUAUAUAAAUGAUGAUGAUAAUAAAGAAAAAAAAAAAAAAAAAAAAAAAAAUAAAACAGCUUGUCAAAAAUCUGAACAAAUCAAUGAAAAAAGAAACAUAUUAAAUUAUUUUUAUAAAAAGGAUGAUUUAUAUUUUACAUAUAAUAAUAAUUAUGUUGAUAAAUUAUAUAUGAAUAUAGAUCCAUGUGGACUAUAUGAUAUAAAAAAUAUUAUUACUACCUUAUUAAAUGUAGAAACCAAAAAUGACCAUGUUGAUAAUAGUUUUAAAAAUAUAGAAUCACAUAUUACAAAAUUACCUAUAUUUCAUAAUAAUAAAAUGAAUAAUAAAAAAAAGAAUAAACAUAUAUAUUUAUUUUAUUUUAUUUUUAAUAUAAUAUCGAUUAUGUCAUGUAUCUAUUCAUUUAUAUCAUUAUAUUUAUAUUUCAAAAUAUAUUUCCUGUCGUUCUUCUUGUUAUUCUUUUGUAUAUGUAUUAUAUAUAUAUACAUAUCUAAUCAUAAACCAAUUAAUCAUAUGUAUAAGUGUUCGUUAAAUAUACCCUAUAAUAUUAAUUAUGUGAUUAAUUUCUUGACAAGCCAUAAUAAAUAUCACCCAAACGAAAUAAAUAAAAAGGUAUUUAAAACCAAAAAUGAUAAUAUACAAUAUGUUUAUAGUACAUUUAAUAUUUAUUGUGAAAAUAUUUUCUUUAAAAUAUUCCCUUGUCACAUAUUUUUUAAGCCAAGGAAAAUUUUAUGUACUCAAUUUACACAGAUAUGUAAUAGCGAUAAUAAUAUAUUAAAAGAUAAAGAAGGCGGAUUGCGUAAAUAUAUAAUUCUGCAAUAUACAAAUAAGAAUACAAAAGCAUUUCUUAAAUCUUUAGAAUUUAAUGAAGAUAUUAAUAAGCUACAUAUGGAUAUAUAUAAAAACGUAAUACGUUUAAAACGUGACGAUAAGGAGGAGGAGUUUUUCAAGCAUGGACAGAUUAAAAUUGAGGACGUAAAUAAUGACAACUUUAAUAAUGAACAGAUGAAAAAUAAAUAUAAUGAUGAAGAAAAAAUGGAUAUAUCAAAAAGUUUAAAAAGUGAUUUUAUACAAAAGGACCAAUCAGACGUUAUUACUCCAGAAGAGGAUUCUGAGAUGAAGUCUUCAUGUAGGGAGAAAAAUAAUAAUAUAAAAAUUAUGGGAAUCCCCCAAAUGAAAAGCAAAGGUAAUGAUAAUAAUAAUGAUGAUGAUGAAAAUGGUGACAAUAAUGAUGAUAAUAAUAAUAACAACAAAAACAACAACAAAAACAACAACAAAAACAACAAUAAAAACAACAAUAAAAACAACAAUAAAAACAACAACAACAAUAAUAAUAAUAAUAGUGUUGAUAAGUGUAAGGGGGGAAAUACAAAUGAAGCAUGCCAUUAUGUUGAUGAUACAAAAAAAUGCUCCAGUGAUUUAAAUCAAAAUAGUGCAUAUCAUAUUUAUAAUAAUUUCAAUUAUAUAUCGGCGUAUUGUUAUAGACAUAUUAAAAAAUUAUUAGACAAUGUAAGAAGGAAUAUAAUAUGUUCAAUUUUUUUUUUUUUGAAAUAUAAAUAUGUGUAUAAAUAUUUUAAAAAUUAUUAUUGUAAUAAAUAUGUAAAUGUUGAUGGAUGUGAUAUUUUUUUAAUACAAGAAAAAAAGGAUAAUACAUGUGAACUUAUUUUUUAUACUUAUUAUAAUUAUAAUAGUUUCUUUUUUAAUGAAUCAAUAAAUUAUACUCGAUGUAAUAAUAUUCGUGAAAAAUUAUUAACCAUUGAUAUUCUUAAAUAUUUUAAAGAUGAGAAUAUUUAUUGUGACAAAUAUUAUGUAGAAGAAAAGAAUGAGACAUUAUUAUUUCUUGAAAAGAAAAAAAUCGAAAAACAAAUAUGUAAAAAUAUAUUUUUUAAUAUUAAUAGUAAUGAAACAUAUAAUAAAAAUAUAUUAUUAUAUAUAUAUGAAUUAACAUAUAAAGGAUAUUUUAAUGAAAAAUUUUUAUCAAGUAUUGACAAUAUAGAUGAUACAUUCUUUAUAAGAAACAUAUCUAAAGUCUUUUUAUAUAUUAUACAAAAUAUAAAUCUAUAUGAUGUUAAAGAGUUUAAAUAUAUAAGUGAAUUUAUAAAAAAUAAAAAAAAUAAAAUUGAUUAUACAGAUGAAUAUUUUAUAUCUAAUAUUAUUCAUAUAAUUAAUACAUUACCUUUAUUACAUUAUACAUUCUCUACUUCACUCAUUUUUCCAAAAAAAAAUGAAAAAAUUGAAUGUUCCUAUGAACAUUCCAAUAUUGAUAUUACACUAAAAAACGAUAAUCCAAUAACUUUUUUUUUAAUAGCAGAAAAUUAUAAAAGCAAGACAAAAAUUACCUCAGAACUUAUUUUAAAAACACUAUGUACAUUUGAUCAGAUAAUCAUAUAUAUGCAAAAUCAAAUACAAAUAACAAAUAAAAGUAAUUAUAAUAUUACCUUUAAUUAUCCACACAUUAUAUUAAGAAAUCUAUUACAUGGACAUAUGAGCUUUUCUUUUGCUGAUAAAAUGGUUAUCAAGGAUACUCUGAGCAACACUGCAGAAAUUAGGUUUAUUGAUAAGUAUAAAUCUAAUGGAGAGUUGUUUGGGGUUAUUAAAAGGAAUGAACUAAUUACCGAUUUUUUGAGCGGAAAUAUUUUUGAUAAAAUAAUUUUAAAUAAUGAUAAAGAAUAUAAUAUUGUCAAGGAUAUUAAAAUAAAUGUAAUACACAAAGAAAAUACCAAAAAUUUGAUAAAGUCCUUUUUUAGAUAA